AACAAAAUUCGAGGUUAUAUAGACAUUUUUAAAGACUAUUAGAAACUUUAUUAUACUAUUACAAAAGUUCAGGGGUUCUUUUUACUAUAUUCUUUUGUAUGUAACAAAUAUGGAACAAGGUUUUUCUUAUAGAAGAGUUGAACUUUCGAAGCCUCGAGCUCCUUCGCGCGCUCCAAUGGCUGAAUUGGCUUGCUCAAACAUGGAAGAAAAGCAUAGCUUUACUGACGAUGAAGCACGGACUCGGAAUUUUUCGGAGUUGAAAACCUACUGUGUAGAACUGUUGAGUUUGAUGCAGAAUUCGAAGAAGAACUCUCCUGCUCUUUCUCAGCUUCGUCAGUUUAUUUCUCGCUGUUCUUCCGAUGAUCUUCAGCCUUUCUUUGAGCUUAAAGUUUGGGUAUAUUCUGGUCAUUUAUGUGUUUCGUUUGUUGUCCAUUAUUGCAGCUAUGCAUUGUUACCUUUGCUGCUUCUGUUUGAUGCGGCUGUCAUUUCUAGAUCUCCUCCAAAAGGUGAGGAAUCUGAAUUACAUGAUCUCUCAAAAAAGCAACAUAAGGUUCACGAUGCUGUUGCUGAAGGUGUUGUUCAUUGCUUGGCGGAACUUUUAGGAAAAUGUUCUUUGGCAUCCGUGGAUCAGAUGAUUGUAAUACUGAAGAAAUUGACAUCUGGAUUAAUGCUUUCUCCAGCUGAGGCAUCAGAAGAGUUUCGUGAGGAGGUCAUCAGGUGUUUUAAGGCAUUGCUUCUUAGUUUACGUCAGUGCUCUGACAGGUCUUGUUCAUGUAGAGGGACUAAUGGCUUGCCCUCACUUUUAAUGAGAAAAGAUUUGCCUUGUAAGCUGGUUGAAUUUCCACAAAAUGAUUUAGGAGCAGACAAAUGUCUUGUUGCUUUUCUUCAUUCGCAAAAUGCUUCUGCUGCUGUUGGCCAUUGGCUAUCUCUUCUUCUUAAGGCUGCAGAUAUUGAAGCUUCGAGGGGUCACCGAGGUGCUGCAAGUAUUCGUGUAGAAGCUUUUAUGACACUUCGAAUACUCACUGCUAAGGUUGGUUAUUCUGAUGCACUUGCCUUCUUUUUACCUGGCGUUGUCAGCCAGUUUACCAAAGUUUUGUAUGUUGCCAAAACAAUGAGCAGUGGGGCUGCUGGAAGUGCAGAGGCAGUUGAUCAAGCUGUUAGAGGCUUGACAGAGUUUCUUAUGAUAGUUCUGGAGGAUGAUGCAAAUUUAUCUGCUCUUGAUAAUCCUGGAAAAGGCGGGAAUAAGGAUGGAUCUAUAUUAUCAUACCUUGGGGAAAUGAGACAACUGUCCUUAAGAAAUCAAGAUGUGGGGGUAACAGUGUUGGAAGAUUCAACUAACCUUCAGGAGAACAACAUUACAAAGUUUAACUUGAAGGGGAGUGUUGAUUUGAGCAAUUUGAGUGGACAUUUUCAAGCGAGUCGUACAAAGGAAUGGGUUGCUAAAACUUCUGCUAAUGUAAAUAAGCUAUUGACGGCAACUUUUCCACGUUUAUGCAUUCAUCCUUCCAAGAAGGUGAAACAAGGGCUUGCUGUUGCCAUAGGAGGACUUUUGUCCAAGUGCAAUUAUACUCUGAAGGAUAGCAGAAUGAUGCUAUUGGAAUGUUUAUUUGUUUUAGCUUGUGAUGAUUUUGAAGAGGUGGCUUCAGCUGCACAAGCAUUCCUAGCAUACUUAUUUUCAUCAAGUAGCAAACAUGAUAUCCAUUCUGACUUUGCUGAGACCUUUUCCAGGAUUAUUGAAAGGCUUCCAAAGGUUGUUCUGGGAAAUGAUGAAUUAGCUGCAUUAGCAGAGGUCCGGAAACUAAUGACAUUAAUUUACUUUGCUGGACCUCAACGUGUGGCAAACCUGCUCCAGUCUCCUGUGACAACUGCACGAUUCUUGGAUGUCGUUUCACUCUGCUUAAGUCAUAGUUCAGCAUUUGCGGGUUCUCUUGACAGAGUUGUCAUGACAAGACCUUCAACAACAGGAUACCUUCACUCCAUAACUGAGAUGACUGGUAGCAUUCGCCAAGUUGUCGUAGAUGUUACUCCUGAAGAUACAAAGUUUCAAGCUGCUCAAAUGAAAGGAAUACGUUACCCCUUCAAAAACAGUAUGCAGGAAGAAUAUGAGCUUCCACACAUACCACCUUGGUUUUAUAAUGUUGGCAGUGACAGAUUAUAUCAAGCCCUUGCUGGAAUUCUCAGACUUGUAGGCGUAUCAUUGAUUGCAGAUUCUCCACAUGUGUCAGAAAUCACUGAUAUUCCUCUGGGCAUCUUGCAAAAACUGGUUAAUGAAGUGAGAAUGAAGGAACAUAGCUGGCAAUCUUGGUAUAAGAGAACUGGCUCAGGACAUCUUGUACACAGGGCUAGUACAGCUGUAUGCAUAUUAAAUGAGAUAAUAUUUGGCAUAUCAGAUAAAGCUGUUGAUGGUUUUUCCGAGAUGUUUCAAAGGCCAUGGGAGGAAAUGCAGGAAUGGCAUAAUAACGCCCCAUAUUGCAAAUCUGAAUAUCUCAAUCAUUGUGCAUCGAAUUGGAAGGUUUCUGAUCACAAAGGCGCAAGAAAUCGCUUAGUUGAUUCAAUUGGAAAGAUACUUCACGUGUAUCUUUCAGUUGAACUGUGGUCUCUUCCUCUAGGGCAUGAAUCAUCUCUGCAGCAACCUGAUAGUGAAGAUGGAGAUGUUUCAUUACACUUAUUUGAUGAUGCUGCGAUGCUGUGUCAGGUUGUCAUUGAGGGGAUAGGCAUUUUCAGCAUGUGCCUGGGCAAAGAUUUUUCCACAUGUGGAUUUCUUCACUCAUCGCUUUAUGUGUUGCUUGAAAAUCUUAUUUGCUCGAACUUCCACAUAAGAAGAGCAUCCGAUGCUGCAUUGCAUGCCAUUUCUACAUCAUUGGAUUAUCCAACAGUAGGACAUUUAGUAUUGGCAAACUCAGACUAUGUAAUCGAUUCCAUAUGUCGACAGUUACGCAAUCUGGAUCUUAAUCCGCAUGUACCAAAUGUCCUUGCUGCGAUGCUUUCUUUUCUCGGAAUAGCUCAUAAAAUCUUGCCACUUCUGGAGGAGCCGAUGCUCACUGUUACUCAGGAACUGGAGGUUCUUGGCCGAAGUCAACACCCAAACCUGACUAUUCCCUUUCUGAAGGCUGUGGCUGAAAUAGUGAAGGCAUCAGAACGUGAAGCUCUGUUAUUACCUCCAUUAGCAGGCCAUUUUUGUGAAGUGGUGAAGCAUAAGAUGUCUUGUGUAACAAAGAGCUAUGAUGAUGACAUCACGUCUUCCUGUGAGCCAGAUGAUAGGAGUACAUCUAUAGAGGAAUGGGAGAGUAUCUUAUUCAAGUUAAAUGAUUCCAGAAGAUAUAGAAGAAUUGUCGGAUCUGUAUCUGGUUCUUGUUUGACAGCUGUAACUCCACUUCUCGCUUCACUUGAUCAAGAAGUUUCUUUACUAGCUUUGAAUAUAGUUGAGAAUGGAAUUUCAGCACUUGCUAGUGUUGAAGAGGCAUACAGGCACGAGAAGGAGACCAAAGAGGCAUGUGAGACAGCGUUUGAAUGCUGCUCAUUUUAUAAUCUGAAGGAUACUUUGGAUACAUCAGAGGAUGUAAAUGAUGAAAAUAGACUGCUUCCCGCAAUGAACAAAAUAUGGCCUUUCUUGGUUUCAUGUUUUCGGAAUAGAAACCCAUUGGCAGUUAGGCGAUGCUCAAGCGUGGUAAGCAACGCAGUUAAAAUCUGUGGAGGAGACUUCUUUGUUCGUCGCUUCCGCACCGAUGGCCCCGAAUUCUGGAAACUUCUCACAACAUCUCCGUUCCAUAAGAAGCUGAAGUCAAAAGAUGAAAGUGCUCCCUUGCAACUUCCCUACAGGCGUAGCAUCCUCUCUUCAAACGAUAAUAUGGCAGAGGGUUCAACCAUCAAAGUCCAGUCUGCUAUACUAAACAUGAUAGCUGAUUUAGCUCGGGAUAAGAGAAGUGCUUCAGCUCUUGAAGCCGUCCUGAAAAAGAUCAGCGGUAUCGUGGUGGGAAUAGCGUAUAGUGGGGUCACUGGUCUGCGUGAGCCAGCUAUAAACGCCUUAGUAGGACUUUCGUCCAUAGACUCCGAUCUUAUUUGGCUUCUCUUAUCAGAUGUUUAUUAUUCAAAAAAGAAAGAGUUGCCUUCACCACCUCCCAACCACGAUUUUCCAGAUGUUUCUAGAAUAUUGCCCCCGCCUUCUUCUCCAACUGAGUAUCUCUACGUUCAGUAUGGCGGGCAGUCCUACGGUUUUGACAUAGACAUCUCUUCGGUGGAGACUGUCUUCAAGAAAUUGCAUGCCUUGGUUUUUACAUCACAGGUAUACUUAUAAACACGAUGGUACCAAAUUUAUGAAUCUUGAUCAGAUUAUGUUGAGAAUUAAAUUUUGUAAGAGUGACAGAUUUCAGGAUCCAAUACAGGAACACAAAUUAUAUGUACAGUUUAUUGAGAAGGGAAAUUAUAAUUUGAUUCUAUUUAUAUGAAGGCAUCAUUUACAUUA